CAAUUUUAAAUUCUAAUGGAACAAUUUGCGAAACGGAACCUAUGAUAUUCGGCGAUGACUUGGUAGAGCGUUCGUGCAACGUGCGGCUAAUUAUUGCAUUGAAUUAGAACUGCUGUUAAAACAUAUGCAUAUUUGGAUAAUAAUCACCGUUAAUAAGGAAUAGCGAUACCAUAAACGACAAAAUGGGAAAGCCAACUGAAUGCGAAGGUGAUGAGAAAAAUGGGGAAAAGUUACAAGAGGAGGCAGUUAACGAUAAGCUCGUUCCUCACCAUCAACACUAUGCAGACACUCCACCGGAAGCGGAAGAGAAUGACAUCGAAGCAGCGCCAUCUGGCGACGAAAGAGAAACCUGGGGAAAGAAGGUCGACUUUCUCUUAUCUGUAAUCGGGUUCGCUGUCGAUUUAGCCAAUGUAUGGCGAUUUCCUUAUCUGUGCUACAAAAAUGGCGGAGGUGCUUUUUUGGUCCCUUAUGUAAUUAUGUUGAUAACGGGUGGUAUCCCCCUGUUCUAUAUGGAACUUGCACUGGGGCAAUACCAUAGGAAAGGAGCCAUCACAUGCUGGGGAAGGAUAUGCCCGCUUUUCAAAGGAGUUGGUUACGCUGUGGUACUUAUAGCAUUCUAUGUGGACUUUUUCUACAAUGUUAUCAUUGCAUGGGCGCUUUACUUCUUCUUCGCCAGUUUUACGACCACUCUCCCUUGGGUCACUUGUAACAAUUACUGGAACACCCCAGAUUGUGUAGAUGGUAUGAAAUCAGUCGUACCAAACAACAGUACUAACAUGACAUUGUAUAUUAAUGGUUUAAGUAAUAUGACUAUGUAUGAUAGUGUUGCGAACAUUAAUAGCUCCGCAGUGAAUGUUAGUUCCGCAGUGAAUAAUGGAACUUCGGCUGCACAGGAAUUCUUUGAACGCGGUAUGUUGGAGCUAAACAAGGCUGGUGGAAUAGGAGAAGUGGGGAAAAUCAAAUGGCAGCUUGCACUUUGUCUCCUAGCAGUGUAUGUCAUUUGUUACUUCAGCUUGUGGAAAGGCAUUUCCACAUCAGGCAAGGUGGUGUGGUUCACGGCAAUAUUCCCAUAUGUUGUGUUACUUAUCCUACUUGUUCGUGGUGUGACAUUAAAGGGAGCAUCUUUAGGUAUUAGCUACUAUCUUACACCAACCUUUGACAAAUUGACCAAUGCACAGGUUUGGGUUGAUGCGGCGACGCAAGUUUUCUUCUCAUUGGGACCAGGAUUUGGGGUGCUCUUAGCUUUCUCGAGUUAUAACAAAUUCCACAACAACGUCUAUCUCGACGCUUUGGCUACAAGUAGUAUUAACUGUUGUACAAGCUUCCUUGCUGGGUUUGUUAUAUUCUCCGUCUUGGGUUACAUGGCUGAGACUUCGGGAAAAGAUAUCAAAGAAGUUGCGAAGGACGGCCCCGGUCUGGUGUUCAUAGUGUAUCCUGAGGCGAUAUCUACACUCCCAGGUUCGACAUUCUGGGCAAUAAUCUUCUUCAUGAUGCUUCUUACUCUUGGUCUCGAUAGUUCCUUCGGGGGAUCGGAAGCUAUCAUCACGGCAAUUAGUGACGAGUUCCCGAUUGUGAGGAAGAAGCGGGAGAUCUUUGUAGCGUGCCUAUUUUCCUUGUACUUCUUCGUUGGACUCGCUAGUGUCACUUAUGGUGGAGCGUAUGUCGUAAACCUUCUGGAUCGUUAUGCGGCUGGCUACUCCAUUCUCAUUGCCGUAUUCUUUGAGGCAAUUGCCGUCAGUUGGUUCUAUGGUGUCGAUCGCUUCUGCAAAGAUAUCGAAGACAUGUUAGGCUUCCGACCUGGUAUUUACUGGAGAGUCUGUUGGAAGUUUGUAGCUCCAGUGUUUCUAUUGUUCAUCAUUGUGUUUGGGCUUGUGUUUCACGAACCACUGACGUAUGAGAAGUAUGUAUAUCCUGGUUGGGCUAACAUGAUUGGUUGGCUGAUCGCUAUGUCAUCGGUCGUCUGUAUACCUGGCGUUGCUCUCAUACAAAUUAUACGAGCCCCCGGGACGUUACUGGAGAAACUAAGGUUUGUCAUAACACCAUGGCGUGAGACCCAGAAGCAUACAGUUCACGCCCAAACAAACGAUAUAAGGCUAAACGGUGGACACCCAAUGGACGCUGUAUAAUGAUGGACU